AUGGAGAAUAGGCACAAACUUGUACUAAUAGUGAGUACAUUAUCCAUUUCUUUCGUUAUAUUCAUCAUUCUGGCUUUACUAUAUUUCUUUAGAAGAAAAAGGUCCGGAAAAGAUGAAUCAUGGGACAAUGAAGCAAGCAUCGAUACUAAAGGAAAAGGCGUGCAAACAAUGGACAACGUUGGGGAAUUGAUUCGGUUUAAUGGUGGUGAAAAUCUAACAAGUCUUGAUAUAUUGGAUGCUCCUGGGGAAGUGAUUGGGAAAUCAAGUUAUGGGACAUUGUAUAAAGCAAAUUUGGUGAUGAAUGAUUCAGUUGUUUGUUUGAGAUUUCUGAGACCAACUUGUACAAAAAAGGUGCAAGAGUUGUCACAUUUGGUGCAACUUUUGGGCUCAGUAAGACAUCCUAAUUUGGUCCCUCUUCUUGGGUUCUAUUCUGGGCCUAGAGGUGAGAAACUUGUUGUUCAUCCUUUCUAUGAGAGGGGAAAUUUGGCUCAAUUCAUAAAUGAUGGAAGAGGCGAAUGUCACAAAUGGACAGUAAUUUCCACUAUAGCAACGGGCAUAGGAAGAGGAUUGCAUUAUCUACAUACCGAGCUGCAUAGUCCAAUCAUCCACGGAAAUCUUAAGUCAAAAAACAUUCUUUUAGACCAAAACCAACACCCGGUUCUAUCAGAUUUUGGUCUGCAGACGCUAUUGAAACCAUUUGCAGCUCAAGAAAUGUUGGAAUCAGCUGCCAUUGAGGGAUAUAGAGCACCCGAAUUGAUCAACAUGGAAGAUAUAAGUGAGUCGACUGAUAUUUACAAUUUUGGGCUUAUUUUACUAGAAUUAAUUACCGGGAAAGGGCCAGUUAACAAGAAACCAAACCCUGAUCGAGAUUCAUAUAUACAAAGUUCCUUGAGGAAUGCAAUCUUGAAUAACCAAAUAUCGGAUUUAUAUCAUCCUGAAAUUCUAAUGGAUGAAAACAAUGGUAAUGGAAAUUUAACAAAUGAAGAACGUGUAUUGCGAUUCUUUCAGUUGGCAAUGGAUUGUUGCUCUCCAUCUCCUUCUCUGAGGCCUAACAUAAAGCAGAUAUGUAAGAAACUUGAAGAAAUGUGACCAAAAAAAAAGACCUAAUGAUGUGGGGAGUUUGAUGAUCAUGAUUUAGCUAGCCCGGAAUCUUGAAGAUUGGUGUAGUGAUGAUCCAUGGUCCAUGAAAGCUCAAGACCAGAGAUCUAUCUUUCAAGGAUGGCUAUCAUAUUCAGAAUAUGACCCAUCUCAUGGGUCAUAUGAUGGAAUCAAACUUUUUAAUUGAGUUAACUGAAAUGAACAGGUCAAACGGGCCAUAUCAUUCAAAGUGUAAUAUUUGUGCAUACAUUUGUAUCUUUAAGCGCUUAAGUAUGAUUUUUCAUUCUAAGGAUAUCGUUUUUGUAAUCAUAUUGAACAAGCUAACUACUUAUCUA